AUGGCUUCAAAUGGCACCUCGCUACCUUUAAGAGAUGGGCUUGCACAGAAAUCGCUUAAUCGAGCUGAUGAAGUGGAUGAUUUGUUGAAUGCUGUUCAAUCUCUGAUCAUCCCUUUCAUCAGAUCAGCAGACGAAGAUGCUGAUACCAAACGUGCGGGUCAUGGACUCGCUAUUCCUGGUGGCGGUCCUCGCACUGCUCUGGUCGAGCACCACAAGCCUCAGAAGCUUGCUAGUAUCAUGAACUUUGACCUCCCUGGAGAUGGGAAGGGAAAAGAAGGAUUGCUAGCUACUGUUGAGCAAUUGCUCCAGUACAGUGUCAAUACUUGGGAUCAAGGCUUCUUGGACAAGCUGUAUGCAAGCACCAAUGCCGUUGGUGUCAUUUCUGAGCUGCUGCUCGCAGUCUUGAAUACCAAUGUCCACGUCUUCCAAGUCUCUCCAGCCCUCACGGUAAUCGAGAAAACUACAGCAAGAAACUUCGCAAAUCUCUUCGGCUUCAACGGGCCUCACGCAGGUGGUAUAAGCACGCAAGGAGGCAGCGCCUCCAACACAACGUCUAUCAUCAUCGCCCGCAACAACCUCUACCCAGCCAGCAAAACCGAGGGCAACGCCAACUUUAAAUUCGUCCUUUUCACUUCCGCUCACGGACACUACUCCGUCGAAAAAGCAGCUCAGUUGUGUGGUAUGGGCACCGAUAACGUCUGGUCUGUUCCAAUCGAUGCUCAGGGCCGCAUGAUCCCCUCCGAGUUGGAGAAAUUAGUUGAGAGAGCCGAGACUGAAGGCAGAACGCCACUCUACGUCAACGCCACAGCUGGCACCACCGUCCUCGGAUCCUACGACCCAUUCACAGAAAUCUCAGCCAUAUGCAAGAAACACAACCUGUGGCUGCACAUCGACGCCAGCUGGGGCGGUCCUGUCAUCUUCUCCUCUGAACACAAAUACAAAAUGUCCGGCUCGCAUCUAGCCGAUAGUCUAGCCGUGAACCCGCACAAGAUGAUGGGAGUGCCUGUCACAUGCUCAUUCCUACUCGGGCCCGAUCUGACAAAGUUCCAUAAAGCGAAUACCCUCCCCGCAGGCUAUCUCUUCCACGAAGACUCCUCUAGCGGCGAGGUCUGGGAUAUGGCGGAUCUAACGCUGCAAUGUGGACGGCGUGGCGACAGUUUGAAGCUUGCGUUGAGCUGGAUCUACUACGGGGCUUCUGGCUUCGAGUCACAGAUCGACGACGCCUUUUCCAUCGCUUCGUACUUCGCUAGCAAGGUUGAGAAGAAUGCGGACUUCGCGCUAGUCUCGGACAACCCGCCUCCUUGUCUGCAGGUAUGUUUCUACUAUGCUAAGGAUGGGAAGUUGCCGGAGAGCAAGGAGGAGAAUACGAGGACGACGAGCGCGAUUGUGCAGAAGCUGAUUCCGAGGGGUUUCAUGGUCGAUUAUGCGCCUGGAGAUAAGGGUGCAUUUUUUAGGGUUGUGGUCAACAGGGAAACAAGGCGGGAGACGGUGGAUGGAUUGGUGUUGGCGAUUCAGGAGGUUGGGGGGAGUUUGUGA